AUGGCGGCAGAGCGGGGCGGCAGUAAUGCCCAUCUGGUUUCCAUGGCAACCCUCCCUGUCCUCUUCCUGGCAAGGUUGGAGAUCGCAACCCUGAAUCGGGCGGACUCAGACCUGGAGGCUUGUCGAACCCAAAUCAGCAGAGACAUCAUUGCCCUUCUGCUGAAGAGCUUGACCAGCGCUGGCCACCUCUCCCCCCAAGUAGAAAGGAGGAUGGGUGCGGUUUUCAAACAGCAGUUUCUAUUGCUGGAGAAAGAAAUUCAAGAGGAAUAUGAUCGGAAGAUGGUGGCCUUGACGGCGGAAUGUGACCUGGAAACAAGAAAGAAGAUGGAAAACCAGUACCAGAGGGAGAUGGUGGCGAUGGAGGAAGCGGAAGAGUUGCUGAAACGUGUCAGUGAGAGGUCUGCUGCGGAGUGUAGCAGUCUCCUGAGGACCCUCCACGGCCUGGAGCAGGUGCACUUGAGGAGAUCUCUGGCUCUGCAGCAAGAGGAGGACUUUGCCAAGGCUCACCGGCAGCUGGCCAUUUUCCAGAGAAAUGAACUGCACAAUAUCUUCUUCACCCAGAUAAAAAGUGCUAUUUUCCAAGGGGAACUGAAGCCAGAGGCAGCUAAAAUGCUGCUGCAGGAUUACGCUGACAUACAGGAGAAAUUAGAAGAGUUAAUGGAUUUUUUCCAGGCUAGUAAGAGAUACCAUCUAAGUAAAAGAUUUGGCCAUAGGGAGUACCUGGUUCAGAACAUGCAGUCAUCAGAGACCCGUGUACAAGGCCUUCUGAGCGCUGCUGAUGCUCAGCUCACCCUGUUCAUCCAGAAACAUGAGAGCCACACAAUUGCCUGUACCUUGGAGAGUGAUAAGUAUGGAGUGAACACCAGACUCCAGAAACCCAGAGAUGCCCUGCGGGUGGUCCUUAGUAGCACCUUGCAGUUUCCAGCACACUUCUUUGUCCGCGCAGAACUGCUUCGGGAACGCGUGCAGCAGCUGGAGGCCCAGGAGGCCCGCUUCGCGGAGUCCCUUGUCUCCCUGCAGUUCCAGAAGGCGGCCAGGAUGGCCACGACCCUGUGGGCGUACACCGCCCUCCUGAGCAUCCAGGACUUGCUCCUGGAGGAGCUGAGCGAGUCCGAGACCCUGACAAAGUUGGCCUGCGAGCAGAUCCUGGGGUCACACAGCCCGGUCACGUUCAUGGACUAUCCCCGUUGA